CAUUACUUCCAUUGCAGGCCAUUUGGAUAAGGAGACGGACAAGGCCAAGCACAAGGACUGCGAUAAGGACGCAAACGUUAGCCGCUCACCGUUAGCCGUCAGCUGUUUCCCGUUAACUGUAUUGCCCGCUAGCCCCGUUAGCCCGUUGACCGGCCGGACAUUCCGCAGAGCUGAGGAGCGUCGUUAGUGCGUGGCGCGUGGGGGGCGGAGCAGCGACGGCCUGGUCCAACUUGUAGUCGUCGUUCGUCUCGAAGUCUAGGAAAAUGUCUUCGCCAUUAGCGCAGAGCAACAACAGCAACAGCAGCCAGUCGCAGUCAUCAGCAGCAGCAGCAGCAGCAGCAGCGGCAGCGGCUGCUGCACAGCAGCAAAAUCAAAAAUCAAAUUCAUCAGCUGCCAGCAGCGUUAACAAUACACAUGAAAAGAAUGCGAGCGGAGCGACGGGGACGACAGCGGGUGGUGCAGCGGGUGCUGGCGCUGGCGCUGGCGCUGGAGCUGGAACUGGAGCUGCAGCUGGCUCGGGAUCGUCCGGCGGCACGCCACAGAGCCCCACAAAACGUAGCACAAUAUCCACAAAGGAGCGUGUGAUCGAUAGCGUGCCGUUCCCACCCAGCCGAAAGCUAACCUGCGCCGAUGUCUUCGAUGCGCGCACCGGCAAGCCGCACCACGAUGUACUUAAGCAGCAUUUCAUACUGGAGGGCCGGAUCGAGGAGAGCGCCGCCCUGCGCAUCAUCCAGGAGGGCGCCACGCUGCUGCGCCAGGAGAAGACAAUGAUUGAUAUUGAGGCGCCGGUCACCGUCUGCGGCGACAUCCACGGCCAGUUCUAUGAUCUUAUGAAGCUAUUCGAAAUUGGCGGAUCGCCGGCAACAACAAAGUAUCUGUUCCUGGGCGACUAUGUGGACCGGGGCUACUUCAGCAUUGAGUGCGUCCUCUAUUUGUGGUCGCUGAAGAUCACGUAUCCGCAGACGCUGUUCCUGCUGCGCGGCAAUCACGAGUGCCGGCAUCUGACCGAGUACUUCACCUUCAAGCAGGAGUGCAAGAUCAAAUACUCGGAGCGCGUGUACGACGCGUGCAUGGAUGCGUUCGACUGCCUGCCGUUGGCGGCGUUGAUGAACCAGCAGUUCCUCUGCGUGCACGGCGGACUGUCGCCGGAGAUACACGAGCUGGAGGACAUUAGGCGGCUGGAUAGAUUCAAGGAGCCGCCCGCCUUUGGCCCCAUGUGCGACCUGCUGUGGUCCGAUCCGCUCGAGGACUUUGGCAACGAGAAGAACUCGGACUUCUACACGCACAACUCGGUGCGCGGCUGUUCGUAUUUCUACAGCUACGCCGCCUGCUGCGACUUCCUGCAGAACAACAAUCUGCUGUCGAUCAUACGGGCGCACGAGGCGCAGGACGCCGGCUACCGCAUGUACCGCAAGAGCCAGACCACCGGUUUCCCCUCGCUGAUCACCAUCUUCUCGGCGCCCAACUAUCUCGACGUGUACAACAACAAGGCGGCGGUACUCAAGUACGAGAACAACGUGAUGAACAUCCGACAGUUCAAUUGCUCGCCGCAUCCCUACUGGCUUCCCAACUUCAUGGACGUGUUCACCUGGUCGCUGCCCUUCGUCGGCGAGAAGGUCACCGAGAUGCUGGUGAACGUGCUGAACAUCUGCUCCGACGACGAGCUCAUGACCGAGGAGAGCGAGGAGCCGCUGUCGGACGACGAGGCGGCRCUGCGCAAGGAGGUCAUCCGCAACAAGAUACGCGCCAUUGGCAAAAUGGCGCGCGUCUUCUCAGUGCUGCGCGAGGAGUCCGAGUCCGUGCUGCAGCUGAAGGGGCUGACGCCCACGGGCGCCCUGCCCCUGGGCGCUCUGUCCGGCGGCAAGCAGUCCCUCAAGAAUGCCAUGCAGGGCUUCUCGCCCAACCACAAGAUUACCUCAUUUGCGGAGGCCAAGGGACUCGAUGCGGUCAACGAGCGGAUGCCGCCCCGACGGGAUCAGCCGCCCACACCCAGCGACGAUCAUCCGCACCCGCAUCAGCAUCAUAGUCAGGGCAACAAUGGAGCGGCGCAUGGAUAAAGAAUCAGUGCGGAGGGCAACGGCAACGGCGUGGGAGGGACAACAGGAGUCGGUGGCUUCUGUGUGGGCGCCGAUUACGGUCGGUAAUACUAAUAAGUAAUACCUGUUGUCGGAUCAGAUGUGCGUGGCGGUGUGUAUGUGUGUAUGUGUGACUGGGUGUGCUGCCUGUGCCGGUUGUGCGGGCAGAGCAUGCUCUGAGCACGUGCAAGAGGGGCCACACUGUGCUCCCUUGCCCACACACACAGACUCGCAUGGCCACACACACGUACACACCCAUAUACACACCCACACACAGCCACACACACACACACACACAUGCGAGAGCAUGCAUACAUAUAAUAUUUACAUAAAAUAUCUACAUAUAAACAUAAUAAUGUUGCAAAGAUUUGUCGUUUUAGCUAAAACAUCAUUCGUAAUAAUUGUAAUACACAAAUACAUACUUUAAUGAUAAGCAAAAAGGUCAAAGGCGAGGUAACAAAGGAAUAGUUGAACAAUUGGAACAGAGCUGAUCAUAUAUACAUACAUAUAUAUGGAAUAUGGCACGUGGAAAUUCUAUAUAAAUAUUUCACUCUGCGAACAAACCAAACAUCAGCAGCAGCAAGGAGCAAAGGACUUAUGCCCGUUGAGGUAUGCAGGAUAUUACAAUUAAUGCAUUGAUCGAUUACUUUUACGCUCUAGCCACAGAUUCCUUUUCCGUAAUACAAAUUAAAAAUACAAAAAAAAAAAAACAAACAAAAAAAAAUCCGAAACUAAUCUUAAGCUUGUAUGUAUAAAGAAUGAGAAAAACAAAACAAAACAUGUUAAAUAACAAGAAAAAGUAAAAGAAAAAAAAAAAACAACCAAAAACCUAGCGCUAAUAUGUUGAAAACAAUUAGCAGCGCCAAAAAGAAGCGUACAUAUAUUAUGUUUAAUUGAGAGCAGAGAAAAAAGAGAG